CACAGAUUCUACUGUUAUUCAAAUACAUAGUUAAGGAUGGUGCUAUUAACUAGAACAGGCGCGAAAGCGCUGAAAAGAACAGAAUGGCGGAUGACUUUGGGACUGUUGGCAAUUUAUAUGAGGCGAGUGACGGCGAAAGUGAUAUUAGUGAUGAUGGUGGCAAGAGCGAUAGCGAAGAGAAUGAUAGAAGUGGUGAUUUUGAUGAGGACGAUAUCGUCACCUAUAAAGAUGUGUUCGGUGCCAAUAAAGAUGAAACACAUAAGCAACAACAGAACCAACACGCGUAUCCUUGA